UGUGACCUUUUAAGCUGCCCUGUGUUAGCUAAACAACACAUGUACGAACGUGCGGCAGCUGUGUAAGACGUGUGCUGAUAAAUCCAUAUUCCUGAUUUUUUCUUCUAUAUUUACUUCUGAUGAACAACGAGAAUGGACUGUGUAUGGAGAGUAAGACUCCAAUGGCAGAGGUAGACGAAGCAGACGACAGCAUGCUUGGCAAAACGAAGAUCUCGCCCCUAAGACGAUGGAUCAACGAAAACUUCCUGCUAGUGCUCACUUCAGUAGGGAUCGUCUUCGGUUUCAUUUUAGGAUUUGGGAUCCGAGAGGUGAACCCCUCUCCCGAGCUUCUGACGUGGAUAGGUAUGCCGGGAGAACUCUUUAUAAGGAUGUUAAAGUUGAUGAUUAUACCUCUCAUUGCCAGUAGCGUAAUUGCAGCAACUGCCUCACUGGACGCCAAGUCUAAUGGCCGGAUAAGUCUAGUGGCUUUUAUUUUCAUCACCGUAACAAAUGUCCUUGCAUGUGUCAUCGCCAUCGUCCUUGCCCUCAUAAUGAAACCAGGUGUUGGAGUGACUUUUGUGACAACAGAAACGAAAUCUACUGCUGUUGUGGAAACAUCGGAUGUUUUUGCAGAUUUACUUCGAAAUAUAAUGCCAGACAAUAUUGUGGAUAUGACGUUCCAACAAACAAUUACUCAAAAUGAAGUCACGUAUGAAACCUUAAUAAAGAAUACUACUAACGGCACUGUUAAGGAGACUGUUAAAAAACUGAACAAAACCGUCGGCAAAACGUCAGGCACUAACUUACUCGGUAUCAUUAUGACAUGUAUGCUGAUGGGAAUAGCUCUAAGCAAAGCAGACGAGAAAGGAAAACCAGUUUUAGACCUUUUUGAGUCGUUGGCAGACAUCUUUCUGACGAUACUGCGUUGGUUAUUGUGGUUCACACCCUUGGGGAUCCUGAGUUUGAUCGCGGCGUCUGUGGCUUCUAUAACGCAACUUGAAGAGAUGUUUCGAGCCUUGGGGAUGUUUGUUGGCGUAGUCACGUUGGGGAUAGCUGUACAUCAGUUAAUUCUUAUGCCUCUCAUAUUUUUUGUUUCGACUCGUCGGAAUCCGUACAGAUUUGCCGUACAAAUUGGUAAAGCGUGGAUGAUUGGGCUUGCCUCAACGAGUACUGCAGUGGCCAUUCCAGAGAUGUUGUCUGCGUGCGAGGAUGACCAGAAGGUUGACAAAAGGGUCAGUCGGUUUGUAAUCCCUUUUUGUGUGACACUGAACGCCGACGGUAGCGCCCUCUUUAUAACGGCGGCAGCCAUCUUUGUGGCCAACAUAACUGGAGUCAAUAUUAGUUUGGGUGAUAUUCUCAUUAUAGGCAUUUUAACCGCCAUUUGUUCAAUGGCGUUACCUUCGAUACCUAGCUCCAGUAUCGUUACCUUGGUGAUGAUAUUGACAUCCAUGAACAUACCAGCCGAUUCUAUUUCUCUCCUGUUUGCUGUUGAGUGGUUUUUAGACCGAAUCCGUACAACAAGCAAUUUAGUGAGCCACACCCACUGCGUUGUGGUGACAUACCAUUUCUGUAAGAACGCCCUGGAAAAGUUCGAUAUAUCGGAAAAGAAAAGUAAUCAGGAAAAACAGGCAGCCAUAGACGUAGUGAUCGAUGACAAUAUACACCAUUUGAAUUAAAUACCUCGGCAGUAAUAAACAGGCGAAAGAAUAUCCAAAGUUUCCAAUAAUGUGUUUGCUUUAGCGCUGUUGCUAUUAGCAAAAUAUCAUUUAUGAUGCAGUGGUCCCAAAGAACAGAUGAUUAGAGUUGUAUCCAGAAUUGUACAAAUGAAGAUGUCUUUUAUUAUUUUGUCAGGUCUAUAAUUCAGCUUUCUUACACAAUCCAUACAGAACCUUAUUUUUUAUCAUAGCACAAACAAUGUGUGUAAAGAUAAAUAUAAACAGUUUUUCUUAUGAAAUCAUACAUCUAACGUCCCGAUGUUACGACAUCGUGGCUAUUGUUGUAUUAUUCUGGCGUUACCAUGCAUAGUAUCCCGAGAUUUUACGCAUACAAUAUACCACUACUUCGCAUGGUGAUCAAAUGCGUAUAGUAUACUAAGCUAUUUCAUAGAGUUAAUAGAAUAUGACACUUGUUCUAAAGUAUAGUCCCAUGUAGUUUCUACAAUGUGGGUUUUAAAAGAAAUUUAAUUCUAACUAAAAGUCGAUUCAACAAGGUCUAGAUAUGAACAUUCCGAUAUAUUCAAAGUACAUUCAUAGAUGGCGAACGCACAACUCCGGAGACCAUGCUGGUUAUUGCAUUACUAACUUUAUUAGUGAAGAGUUACUUCCGGUGUUCCGGUUGGGUACAUACUAAAGGACUGAUUAUAUCAGAUGGACAUUACAAAGACCAUUGGAAAAGUGCGACGAAAAUACGACCAUAUGUUCCGGAAGGGUAAACAUAUUUUGCUCUAUCAAUUAUCAACAAUAUCCGGCAUGUAAAUGAAGGACCACAUCUACGUAAGUCACGUCCUCAAAAUGAAAACAAGGGAACUAAAAACGAUGCAAGGCACCAUCGACAAUCAUAUCAUAUUGGAGGCUCGGUGGUCUAGUGGUAGGACGUUGGGCUUUUGACCUAAGUGUUGCGGGUUCUAGUUACGGUACGGCACUGUGUUGUAUCUUUGAGCAAGAUCCGUUCCUCCGCUUGGUCCAGUCUACACAGCUGUAGAUGUGGUUGGGCAGUGCUUGAAUUGUAGAAUGCUAGCUGUGAGCGCCGAAAUGGCAGCACCGGUUGUUGAAAAGGUAUUGGCUGGUUUCAAAGGCCUUAUAACCACGGACAAUAAUGUGUGAACCGGUUUGAGACGACCUAGGCUCUACGUUGUGAUAAAUUAGCGGUAUAUAAAAAAACUCGACUUAUUAUUAUUAUUAAUUAUUAUAUAUCAUUCAAAGAAAAAACAGAAUUCCUUGUUAGACCACAAACACUAACCCAUAGUCUUUAUCAACCCAACGCAAAUUAGCUUACAGAAUUACCGUACAUGGAUGUGUGUGUCCAGACGGCAUUUGUGGAAUGCUUUUGCUGGUGUGAACAUUACAAAAGUGUCGUUAAAUCAUUAUAUGUUAAAGCUCUGUUCAUUCACGCAUAUUGAACUAAACCUACCCAUAUCUUAUUGCUACUCUCUCGGGACUAGAUAUCAACCAAUUAUAAAUACAUACUCGAAUCAUUUAAGGUACCAACUACAACUUUUUUUAAUUUAAUAUCAUGCAUUGAAUUCUAAGCAACUUUCUUUAAUCACAACUACUAUCAUAUUAUUAUAUACUAUAUAUACAGCGAAUAAGCAUUACAGAAGAUAUCAUUCUGCUUAUAAAUUAGCAACUUUACUCAAAAUCAAUAUGGUUUUUUUUUAAGUCAUAAAGGUUUUUAAUUGGAAAAUCUUGAAUCUCCAGCAAUAUGUAAUAUAAUCUUUGUCAAAACUUUUUCCUUUUUCAAAUGUUAUCGUGAACAUAUUAAACGUCAAUGAUGUCU